AUGCGCCAAUCUACGUCUUACAUUAUGGUUCUGUGGAGUGUGAUAGUGGCCUCUAUCAUGGGCUUCAUCCUUACCGAAGAAAUGCCUCAUCCUUUUCCAAUGAGUUUGUGCAAUGGCGUCAACAUUGAGGAUGCGACGGUUAAGGAACUACAACACCUCAUGAGUAUUGGCCAGCUCUCUAGUCAGGACCUGGUAGAGUGCUACAUCAAGAGGAUCAACCAGACUAACGAAUUUCUACGUUCAGUCAGCGAGGUCAACCCUGAUGCAUUAUCCAUCGCUUCGGCUCUUGAUCAAGAGAGAAAUGAAAGAGGAAUCCGGGGCCCUUUCCACGGUAUACCUUUCCUCGUCAAGGACAAUAUCUAUACAGAUGAUAAGCAUAAUACAAGCGAAGGUGGUUUAGUCCUGCUUGGUGGAAGAUACUCGUCUGAGGCCACACUGGUGACAAAGCUCCGAGCAGCGGGAGGGGUUCUGCUGGGACAUGCCGCUCUCUCUGAAGCUGCUGACCAUAGGGCACUUACAAACUUCUCGGACGGUUACUCUACGAGGGUUGGCCAGACCAGAAACCCUUUCAAUUUGACACAGGCAACUUCUGGAAGCAGUGGCGGCUCAGCGGUCGCCGUAAGGAGCAACCAAGCCGCCAUAGCUAUCGGCACCGAAACACAUGGGUCCCUCGUCCAUCCCUCAGCCAAUCUUGGGCUGUACACCAUUAAAACGACUCCAGGGCUGGUCUCUCGCCAUGGGGUCGUUCCUGGUAGUUAUUAUCACGACACUCCGGGCCCUAUGGCGCGGUCCAUGACGGAUGUCGCAAUCGUGCUGGACAUUAUCGCGAGCCCAGAUCAUCGUGAUAAUCUGACAUUCAACGCUUUGGGUAAGAUUCCCCUGGAGGGCUACGCGGCAGCGCUGGGAACUAGUCAUGCCUUGAGGGGUAUGAGACUCGGGCUUCCUUGGAACCCCUAUUGGUCGACUGCAGGUAAUAUCAACGCCCCUGGUCUCCGCGAACAGUACGAGUCUCGACUGCAAGAGCUAAAGGCAGCUGGAGUUGAAUUAUACAAUAUAACUAACAAUCCUUACCUCCACCAAAUUGCGAACCCCUACGGUUUUGGCCAGCCCGCCCAUACCCCCGAAGAAUACAAUCAGCUCAUCUCAUACAAAACGCUUCUCGCUGUGGCUCUUGGUGAAUGGCUUCAGAACUGGACAUUUCCGGAGACGGACGAGCGUCAUGGCAUGAGCACUCUUGCUGAGAUGGCUAGUUGGAACGACGAGCACAACGCAACGACUGGAGCUCUUGGAAACGGCACUUGGUGGUACAACACAGAGUCUGGCCAAGACUUUUACGAUAUCGCUAUUGCAACUAACGGAAGUCUGAACGGGACGUUCUGGAAGGCCUUCGGGUGGGGACGAAGAAUUGCGCGACAGGCCAUCGAUUUCGGGCACACACAUGCUUUCGAGAACGGCACCGUCAUUGAGCUUGAUGCCUUGCUUCUACCUAACAAUCCGAAUGGUGGAUUUGACAAUGGCUGCGCGUCUGUUCCCUCCUACGCAGGAUAUCCUGUCGCAUCUGUGCCGAUCGGCCAGUCCAAAUGGGGGAUGCCCAUCGGGUUCUGUAUCCACGGCCGGGAGUACAGCGAGGCAAAGUUGAUCAAGGUUGCCUCUGCUCUCGAGAACUUGUUCCGGUGGAAUGCUGUCCCACAGUGGCAUAAUUACAAGACUGCGGAGGGGCCUUGGGACGCACCUUGGCCUGGCUAUGCGUGCUCACAAGAGUCGUUAGAUAGUUAUGCAUGUGAGCGUUCCUAG